CCAGAGAUGUCUGACGCUGGCUCAGACGAGGAGUUGGCGCUUCCCGCACGGAUGGAGGAGGGGAGUCACAACGGGAGUAUCAGAAAGGGUUGUGAUCCGUGCUCCCAGACCCAGCGCAGUAAGUUGCAGCACCGUAGAGCUCGUAUCAACCAGCAGAUCAACAAGGAGAUGAGGAUGAGGGCUGGGGCUGAAAACCUCUUCAGAGCCACCACUAACAACAAGGUAAAGGAGACUGUGGCUCUAGAGCUGAGCUUUGUCAACUCUAACCUGCAGCUACUGAAGGAAGAGCUAGAGGAACUCAACAGCAAUAUGGAGGUCUACCAGACCGAGAGUGAAACCAUCAAUGUUCCCAUGAUCCCACUGGGUCUGAAGGAGACCAAGGAAGUGGACCUCACUGUCCCUCUCAAGGACGUUAUCUGUGAGCAUUAUGGAGAGGACAGCUCUUUGUUUGAGAAGGAGAUCAAGGAGUUUAUGGAGCUCAGACAGGCCAUGCGUACCCCCAGUCGUAAUGAAGCCGGUUUGGAGCUUCUGAUGGAGUAUUAUAACCAACUAUACUACCUGGACCAGAGGUUCUUCCCCCCACACAGAACACUAGGAGUCCACUUCCACUGGUAUGACUCUCUAACAGGUGUGCCGUCGUGCCAGCGUGCGUUGGCGUUUGAGAAGGGCAGUGUGCUGUUCAACGUGGGGGCUCUCUACACACAGAUAGGAGCCAGACAGGACCGCUCUGCUACAGCUGGCAUAGACCGGGCUAUAGAUGCCUUCCAGAGAGCUGCAGGUGCAUUUAACUACCUGAAGGAGAACUUCUCCAACGCUCCCAGUCUGGAUAUGAGUGGCCCGUCACUAUGCAUGCUGGUCCGCCUGAUGAUUGCCCAGGUGCAGGAGUGUGUGUUCGAAAGAGUCACACUCACAACUCCGGACACGCACUUCAUCACCCAGCUACAAGUGGCAAAGGAGGCCGCACGGGUAUCUGAUGUGUAUAGCUUGGUGCUCCAGACCAUGUCUCAGACCAUUGUGAAGGACUAUGUCCCGUUCUCCUGGGCCUCCAUGGUUCAAGUGAAAGCCGAACACUUUAGAGCCCUCUCCCACUACAAUGCUGCUGUCGCUCUCUGUGACCACACCCAGUCCAUUCAGGAAGGGGGUGACGAAGAGUCGGCGAAGGCUCUCUUCCAGUUCCAUGUCAGUAGUCCUGCUGGACCCCAACCCAGCCAGGUGCUCAGAGACCCUGAGGACAGACGCAAACUGGGGAAGGCCCACCUGCGUUGUGCAGUGAUCAGACAUGAGGAGGCUAUGAGAGUACAUGGUCUAUGUAAGAUCCUGAGGAAGAUGGAUAUUCUACAGGAGGUGCUCUCUUUCAUGUACAAACGCUCCCUGGACAAAUACUCCGAGAUGGACCGAGAGGAUGACUUUGAUGAGACCGCAGAGGCCCCCGAGAUACACUCUCAAACCCAGCACAAACCAGAAAUCACACCACCCAACUUCUCCACUGUCCCAGUCACUGACAUCUUCCAAAGGCUGGGUCCCCUGUCAGUGUUCUGUGCGAGGGCACGCUGGGGGCCGGUGCGUGUGGUGAGUCUCCAGCGAGGGGACGGGGGUUUGGGGCUGACUCUUAGAGGAGACUCUCCUGUCCUUGUGGCUGGGGUGGUGCCGGGGGGAUGUGCCCAGGAGGCAGGUUUGAGGGAGGGUGACUAUAUAGUGGCGGUGGAUGGAGAGGACUUUAAGUGGGCUAAACAUGGAGAGGUGGUCCACAUCCUGAAGAGCUGCAGCGACAGAGGAAUACAACUCAGCAUCAUCACACUGCACACACACGGUACACAGGUGGAUAGGAGGCAAGUGAUGCUCUCCCCCAGUGGGGACGAAGCGAACGCUCUGCAACGGACCACGGGCAGGGCUAAGGGGCAGUGCACCGCCCCCUUACUCAACUGGAACAGGAAGAAGACUGGGGGAGGAGGCAGAGCCACCAAGAGACUGGGCAGCACCUUCAGUCUGCCGUUUGGAAACCUUCGGGACUGUGAGUCCAUGUACUGAGGGCACAGCAGACAUGUUAGUCUAUUCCAUACAGUGCACUACCAGCCAAUAGUAGUGCACUAGAGAAUAGGGUGCCAUUUCAGACAGUGCCAUAGAUAGACAAACCACUCAGGGAAUGACAGGUGGACAAGGAUGUUUUGUAAAUGACUGGAUAUUAAAUGUGUUAUUGCAGCAGGGCAAGGAGAGGAAGAGGAGCUUUGUAGGAAAGGAUGCUUGGUCCAGAUUACAGCAGUUUCAACUGCAGAGAAACAACAGUUUUAGAAAGCAGGUGACUGCAUGUAUCUGUCGCUGAGGGAGCUAAGACAUGGAAAUCCUGUCCCAAAAUGGGCUAAAUGUUGGGGCUCAGUGUUAUUGUCGCUUACUAUUAUAGAGAUGGAAGAAGACUUCAUGUCAAACUACAGCCGCUGAUCCAAAGACCACAUGUCUUAAUCAGUGAAAAUAUAGUUGUAUAAACACUGAUCGCCUUUCGUGGAGAAUAAUAAUGCUUCGUAUACUUUCAAUGCAUUUUUUUUCUGCAAAAGCUGGGUAAAUGCUCCCAUAAACAAAAGCUGGGUAAAUGCUCCCAUAAACAAAAGCUGGGUAAAUGCUCCCAUAAACAAAAGCUGGGUAAAUGCUCCCAUAAACAAAAGCUGGGUA